AUGGUGAUUCACACCUUUUCCAGAAGCCAGAGCUGCGUGAGUUUAAGCAGUGGAGAGAGUGAAUAUAUCGCAUGCGUGAGUGCUACAUGCGACGGCAUCCUCCUUCGCAGUGCCCUGCAGCACAUCAUGCGUGUUGAUGUGUCCAUGCACCUGUUCACAGAUUCCAGCGCAGCUCGGGGGAUCAUGGGAAGGCAGGGAUGCGGACGUCUUCGCCAUAUCUCCGGACGCUUGUUAUGGUUGCAGGAUUUCUUGUUCAAGUGGAAGAAAGCGUCGCUACACGCAGUACCGACCCUGACAAAUCCUGCUGAUUUGUUUACAAAGUCCUUGACAGGAGCCCGUGUCCGUACCUUGAGCCACAUCCUUGGAAUCCGUGAUUCACACGAUGGAUUUUCAUUGGUCGGGACAACUGAGUUUGAGGAACUACAACGCCGUGAGCAGGCAAAGAAGUUUCUUCGUGCUGUGAGGAGCACAGGUCGAGGGAAUGCCGAGGCGUUGCAUCUUCUUGCAUUGCUGGUUCAGGUCGUGGGUAACAAGGCUGCGGAUGAUGAGGACCGAGCACAGUUUGUGCCUGACUCGCCCGCAUCAGCAGGCGAGGAUGCAUACCCAUGGACCAGCUUUGCCUUCGUUGUCACCUUGACAGUGUGCAUCGCAUUCAUGCUUGGCCGUGCCAGCGCCAACACGAACUUUGCAUCCCUUUUGGAGUGGCCCUUAGUUAGGUGGGUACGUAGUUGGUUUAGGCUUGAAGCAACAGAGGCUGAGCAACCAUUGCUAGCCGAAGCACCUGCUCUUGCAGAGAACCUUGACACCACAUCAGAAAGUAGCCGUGAAAGUCUAGGCUUACAACAUUAUUCGCCACGAACUCGUGCAGAAAUCCUCGGUCGAUCGCCGCCUGCGACACCGAGUGACACUGAGCACGAAUCUGAGCAGCCAGACUCAGAACCAGAAGAUGACGAUGACGACGUGUAUCCUGGAGGCCAUGGACCAGCCUACCAGAACCAGGCAGAGCUGAUUGCACUUUAUGAGAUGGUUGGUGAAGCAGCAGCCAUCGAUGUGAUGCCAGCCAUGCAGCUGAUCCCUGCAGGUCAGCCAGCAGAAGUGCAGCAGCCACUGCUACAGGAUGAUGACAUCCUUCAGGGGGCGCAUGGGCAGCGUGCCUACCGAGGUCCACCUUCUGCAACUCCCACUGCAUCGCAAAGCACUGCCACUGCCUAUCGCUUUCAGGAGAUGCCGCUGCGGAAGCAAUCGCAGGGUCCUUCAGGUUUCGUCACCCAGAAGGACGUUCACUCUGAGACACGUGCGAAGGCCUUGCAACUUUGGCAGAACAUGCGGUCUGUUUUGCUUCCGCUGUCUGGGGUUUUGCAGGAGCUUUCAGGUUCUUCCCACCCAGAGAGUUUGGAGGAAAGGUUGCUGAGCGGGGUGUCUGAGACCACUUUACUCCGCUAUCUUCAAGGUUUCAAGGGCUUUUUGCAUGCGCUACACACCCUUGAUCGAGCCUUGGACUCCUCUCUUCGUCAAGUGGACAUUGCAGAUGCACUCUUAGCAAUGCACAACAUGGGCACUCAUGUGCUUACUGGCCUCAAGUCCUUGCGUUGGGCCCAGAAGACGUUGCUUUUGUCCCUCCCGGAUUUGUACCAGGGGCUCAUGCACUCCGUGUCCUACAGGGUUGAGAGUGAUAGGAAGGAGGCAUUCCCUCUGCCCCUUUUUGUCUUGGCUGCCUUAGAAAGGCAAUUGCUGCUGGAUAUGGGCUCUCCUGCUCGCCUCCUUUUCAUUGGGGCAGUUUUGACUUCUUGUUGGAGCAGCCUUCGCCUCAGCGAUUCUCAGCACGUUUCAUGGAGCUCCAUCCAGGAGUGGGACGCCUUAGAGGCGAGUUUUGGCUCUGUCACUCCAGAUUGUCUCUUCUUUUCGUCUGCGGCAGGCGAGUUUCAGCCUCUCACGUAUGGCGAGGUCCUCAACCAAUUGCGUGGUCUUUUGAUUUCCAUUGGUUUGCGUACCGAGGAGGCCGGCACCUUUACAGUUCACUCGAUGAAGGUUUGCCUUCUUUCCGUCAUGGCGCAACGUGGUUUCCGAGUCUCCCGCCGGGAGGCUCAGGGGCAUCAUAAAUCCUCCUCUCACAGUGCCAAGCUUUACAGUCGCGACGAUGUGUGGCCAGCUUUGGCAGCCCAAAAGUCCUUAAUGCGCAGCAUCUCUCAGGGGUGGUGGCCGUCCACCCCUCUGGCCCGCGGCGGUCGUCAUCCGGUUCCGCAGCGUGCCAUUGCACACCCGAGCCUUGUCCGUCUGCAUCACACGAACGUGCUGGGCCUUCUUCACCCAUUGCAGCUGAUGUCUCUUCAGACUCCUCUUCAUCGUCCGAGACGCUUGCCCACGCUGCUGAUGCGUUUCCACAAGGCAGUGCACGCCAGGCAUCCUCCGCAGAUGCUGACGAGUGUGAGGAACAUGUCUUCCUCGUAUCCCCCAAGGGCGUGUGGCAUGUGGGCUUUCCCCACAGUGGCCCGGAUGGUUCCAGCUUCGUGCGUGCAGGCAAAGCUGUUCUUUUGCGUCCUAAGUGCGGCGCUUUGGCUCGCUCCUACUCGGUUCAGGCUAAGGCCACAACUGAGCAACUUCUGGCCCGCAGUGGUGCGGCUCGAAUCGACAGUUCUGGUGGGGCUCCGUGCUUCGCAACGUGCUUCAAGGUUCAGGUGUUUGCAUCUGGAAUGCAAAGUGAUACCAGCGAGAUUCUCCUUGCUGCUCUCGAGCGUGUGCUCUCCUGUGGGGUUGGUCCCCUUUCGCACGUGUGUGGCAUUUCGCGUUUGCGCACAGAUGAGUUCAUUUGUGUGUCUUUUCUUUGCUUGGCCGGGAAUCAUGGCUUCGGCGAUGUUUCCGGAUCUGGACGAAGAAUUGCUGGCUCUGGCAAUUCAAUGCAAGGUGCCCGAGGCAUACCAUCAGUGCCUCUCAGGCUUCCAUGUUCCUCUUUUCGGCUGUUUGGCCGCCUCAGCCACAGCCUUCGCGCCAGCACUUGACACUCUCCUCGAGAAGGUUUCUGCCCCGGAAUCCGCCGCUGGGAUCUUGCUGGUUCAGGCUUCAUUUCGGCUUCUCUUUCAGAAAUGCACUAACCAGGCAGCCGCUUCGCAAGGCACUGAGCCCAAAGCUCCUUCCUCGGCUUCGACAUCUGGGUGGGUCGAGCAGUUCCCGCCAAAGUUGUCAGGUGAGCAGGUCAUCCAGCUGCGUUCCGCCUUUGGAGCGUCCUAUCCGGGAGAAGUGUUGGACCACGAGAACACCCCAGGCAGUCGCAUGUUGGCUCUUACUUCGAAGGUGAUGCAGCCGGGUGAGCUUAAGUGGAUACCCUGGAAGUUUCGGAUGAGCAAGGCUCAAGAGGAAGCUUUCAACCUUCGCCGGCCCUCCAAGGUCCCGAAGUUCGAGGACUUCAUCUACGAUGAGAUUCCAGCACGAGAACUUCCGCAAGGCCAAGUUGGCGCAUCAUUUCUUCAAGGGGUGCUCGGCCUCAUGUCGGUGUCGGCAUCCUUGGUGCAAGGGGCACAUCUCCACAAUCUUCGCCUCUAUGAGCGCAAGUUCAUCAAGUUGGCAUGCUCACGCUUGGAAGGUUCGACUGGCCUCAGACAACCUCACAUCGAGGAGUUACAGGCUGCCGACCGACAUCUCUGGGGUAUCAUGGCUGACUUGGUCAACGUGCACAAGUGGACGUUGAAUGAUGCCUUGACUGAGGUGGUUGAAAUCCGCGGUGAUAUGUCAGCCAUGCUCCAGCCACGUGCAGCUGUCUCUAAGUUUCGGCCAGAGGGCAGGAAGGGUGAUGGCAAGAAGGGCCGUCCCCCUCAGGAGUCUUCAUCUGGCAAGGGUGGCAAAGGUCAGCGCUGGGUUCUCUCUUACCAGGACAAGUCUGGGGCACGCAAGAAUCUCUGUCGUGGCUACAGUUCUCGUGACGGAUGCAAGUUUGCGAAUUGUCGCUUUGAGCAUUUGUGUCCGGUCCCAGGUGGCAUGUGCUCGGCCACUCUGGAGCAGCAAGAUCUUGUGCGGUAUGUGAACGCAUUUCUCGCGCACCUUUUUCCUGAAGGCACUUGGACGAGCAUCUGUGUUUCUCACAAUGAGUUUGCGCACAUCCACCAGGAUUUCAACAGCCCCGACUCUCAGAAUUACACCUUCAGCCUGUGGGCCUUCUCGGGCGGAGGCUUGUGGUUGGAAGGCGACGCUUCGGCUUUUCCAGGCUACACCUUGGUGCCGCCUCCAGACAAGGAGGCAGAUCAGUCCUUACGUGGGGCCAUUGUGUGCACUCGGCGGGCAGGAUUCUCUUUCAAUGGCCGCUUGCGCCACUGCAGCGAACCAUGGGUUGGCGAUCGCUGGGUCGUCAUCGCUUAUACGGCGCCCAAUCCGGAUGCUCUGCCCGCUGAUGACGUCUCCUUGCUGGCGGCUCUUGGUUUUCCCUUGCCUCGCGUGUCGAGCACACCUCCACCGCCGUCUGCUCAAGGCAGUGUCGUUGCAACUCCUGCUCCGAAUGCACAGGUCACGUGCCCAUCACCAACGCUUCCCGACCAGGUCCUGCCUCCGCACUUUCCUGCCCUGCGACGGAAUCUUUUCCUCGAGUUGUGUUCAGGCAGGAAUCGGCCACUUUCCUCUGCGGCUCUCAGGGCUGGUGUCUCUGUCAUAUCAAUCGAUAUCCUUCGCUCAUGUGAGCAGGACAUCCUCCAGGAUAGCACUUACGAUGCUUUGUUGCGGCUGGGGUUCUCCGGUCAAGUGACACUUGCGCAUGCAUCUCCACCAUGCACUGAGUACAGCCGUCUCAAGUUGCUGGAUAAUGCAGGCCCCCGCCCUCUGCGUUCACCGGCCCAUAUGGAAGGUUUCCCAGACUUGAAUGCUGAGGAGAAGCGCCGUUUCGAGCAAAGCCGCUUGCUCCUUUUUCGCUCCUUGCACAUCCUCCGCGCUGUGUGGUGCGGUGGUGGCCACAUUAGCUUCGCACACCCUGCCAACAGCCUUGCCUGGCUCGAGAAAGAGACCCAGGCUUUUCUUAAGCACGUCUCCGCCGAUCUCAACUGCAUUGCGGCUUGUCGGUUUGGGGCAGAUUGGUACACACGUUGGCUCUUUGCUUGCACUUGGCGGGCUAUGCAGGGCUUGGCGCGUGCUUGCAAUCACGCUCCCGACAGCCACCAACAGGUGGUUGGUGCUCGCAACUCGGAUGGCACCUGGGCCUCAGCUGCUACUUCUGAGUUCCCUCCUGCACUGGCGGAGGCGUAUGUGGCUGCUGCGCUGCCCUUGUUCGAGACGUGUGCAGAUCCAGUUGAUUUGUCCUUGGCCCAGCUCCCCUUCCUUGUACCCAAGAAGGGCAUGCACUCUCCUCCUUUUGGCACGCAAGAUGGCGGCGGCAUCUUUUCCUGCCCUGAUUGGUCUAAGCCCCCUAGCGAUGCUGUGGAUGUCUUUGACGGCUUGCGCCAAGAACUUGUGCAUUACCUGUUGUCUCACAAGGCACCUCUUCGCCUUCAGGAGCAUGUUCAAAGUCAAUGCGAGGAUGCUCUGUUUUCCGCGGACGAAGUGCUGGCUCUUCGCGCCAUGUGGUCCUCCUGGUUCACUCGCAAGGGCUGGCCUGCCCCCGAUUGGACAAUUCCACCUUCUCAGCCAUAUUGUCUUCAUGCCCUCUCCGCUUUGUCCCGAGCCAUGGGCGAUCGAGAUGACAUGCUGUUUCCUUGCCUGUUGGAGGGCAUCCCCACUGGUUUCUUCAAUGACAUCCCGAGGAGCAACGUCUUCAUCCCGGUGGAAGACGUGGGCAGCCUGGCCUCCGAUGAUCAACUGCAGAUUUGCGAGAGCAAUUGGCAGGGCGCACGGGAGAACCCUGCUAUCCUGCACGAGUUGGUGCAGAAAGAAGUCGAUGAAGGCUGGCUGGAAGAGGUUCCUCUCUCCGAGGCAAAGCAACGUUGGGAUAAAAUCGCGGUUGCCAAGCUGAACGUGGUCCUUGCUGAAAACAAGAAGCCCCGCUUGAUCAUGGAUGGGACUAUCAGUGGGACCAACCCGAGCUGUUUCAUGAACGAGAAGUACAACCUCCCUGGCCUGCAGGAUGAUGCUGUGGUGGCAGUGUUCGGCAGCUUGCCUCUCUCUUUCUGCCAAUCCUUCGGGAUUCCUCUUUCCUGGGCCAAGGUGCAACUCAGUCAUGAGCUGAAGUGGUUGGGCUGGUGUUUUAACUUUCGCGCCGGAACGUUCUGGGUUCCAGAAGAUAAGCGGGCCAAGCUGCUGCAACAGAUUCGGGUUCUUCUCAGAAAAGGUCCUGUCGAGAAACAGGCCCUAGAGCAGACCGUGGGUCUGUUGAUGUGGAUAACUCAGGCAUCGGUGCAGCUGCGCCCCUGGCUUCGCAACCUUUGGCGGGACCUUCAACGUCCGGCAGCGACAAACUUCAGCAUCUCUUCCAGUGAAUGGCAGACGCUCAAGGAUCACCUGGAUGAGAACUUGCGGUUCUGUUCUACCCCGCCUGGGACGGCCAUUCCAUGCGGUGCUACCUUGAUCUCUGCCCGACACGUCCCACUUCGCAGCAAGGCAGAUCUGUGCAAGGUCCCUUUGAAAAAUCGUCGCGUCUACAUGCGGAUUGCUGACCCGCAACACCGGAAGCGGCAUGUGUCUGCGGCGAGCCGUCGCUUCUUGCUCUUCUGGGAGGACUGGUGUUUCCAGUCUCCAUCACUCACAUGCUUGCAACCUUCUUGCAGGGCGAUCUCCGCAACACUUGCAGCCGAUGCGUUUGCUUCCAGCCAGUGCAUUGGGCUUGGGGGCUUUCUUCGUGUCCAGGGUUCCUCGGCAAUUUGGUUCAGUGAACGUUUUGCUCUCUCCGAUAUGCAAUGCUUGGGGGUGCCUCUCGCCCCGGAUGCUCAGAAGAACAUUGGGUGCUGGGAAUUGCUCGCCCAGAUGGCCUUGCUCAUCCUCUUUGCGGAGGUCUGUCCGGGUGGUCGUGCUGGCUUGUCGCUCCGCACCUUCUGCGAUAACAGCGCGGCUGAGUCAGCAGGCAAUCGCAUGCUGACAACUUCCAGCCCCCUUUGCUUCUUCGCGCAGCAACUGGCGUGUCUUUCAUUCAAGCUCGGCCUCACCUUGGACAUCCAGCACAUCUCCGGCUUUCGCAAUACAGAAGCAGAUUUCUUGCGUAGAUGGCAGCCGCCGGAGGAGUUGCAGCACGGGUUUGAGCUCUUGUACAGGAGUGUUUCGUCCGAUGGUCCUUUGUGCAGUGGAGUUCGUAGUAUGGAUUGCCCCAGUGAGUGGGACAUUGCCCACUUGGCUGCCAUGUUCCACAUCCUUCAUGUGGGUGGUCAGCAGAUCCCAAAUCCAGUGCCUCAGAACCUUCCGGAGCCAGUCAUACCUGAUUCCCUUUUCUUUGCGUGGCGAGAUGGGGAGCUCAUAGCGCUCUCCUUCAACCAGGUCUUUUACGAGUCUGAUUCGGAUGUGGAGGUUGAAGACGCCCGCAAUACCGAGUCGCCACAUCCCUUAGAAGCGGAGGAGCUGUGCUUCAUGUCGUUCGGUGUAGAGGCCUUGUCGAUUUAUGCAGACUGCAGGUCUGCUUCCAAUUGUGAAGUAUCGCAGGUCGCAUGGGACUCCUUGCCGGGCCCGGUUUCGACGGGGACGACUACGAUGGCGCAGUUGCUUGCGGAAGUGAAUAUCCCGGUCUCCAUGCAUCCAGAUUUCCUGCCUUUCACGCCACAGGAGUUCGCGUUGGUGUCCGUGGAUUUGCAAGGUUUAGAUGCCUUUCUGCAAGGCCUGACGUUUCCCGGGGAUAUAUCCGAGCCUUUACUUACAGCACGUGUGCGUUUGCUGUGGCAAAGAUGCCAAGCGUUGUCGCAGGGCCCGAAGCCCAAGGCCGCCAGCAGUGCACCAGGCAUUUCACCCGUUUCGGAUGCUAGUUGGGUCGAGGCUUUCCCUAAGAAACUACGCCCUGAGUUGGUCAAAUCCCUUGUGCAACGCUUCGAAAGCAGGUAUCCCUCAGAGAUCAUCUGUCCCGAAACGAUCUCACAACGCUUGCUGGCCCUCAUGGCCAAACAAAUUCAGGACAAGCGUUGGAAAUGGAUACACUGGAAAUACCGUAUGUCGGAAGACAUGCUUGAGCAACAAAUGCUGCAGAGGCCAGCGAAAAUGGCCAAAUUGGAGCUGGAGAAGAUCGUGUUUGACGAGGUUCUUCGUGGGGGCAAGGGGCAGGAGCGUGGUCCGUCCAAGGGGGCCGGCAAAGGCAAGAAAGGGCAGGAAGUAGCCAAGGGCAGGGUGAGACUGAGCGUGUGGCCCGCCGCGGCCUGUGUUGCUGCGGAGGCAAGUGCUGUGGAUGUGACCAUGAUGGGGAUGUGCCUUGUUUCAUUGUCGGGUCGGUUGGUUUGCACCAAGGAGACACCCUUUGCAUUCAAUGGUGCUUUAUGGCAUGCAACCAUGCCGUGGCAAGGUGAACGCUGGGCUUUGACAGCCUAUACGUUGCCGGAGGUUUCGCCGGAAGCUCUUGCAGGUUUCAAUUUUCCGCAUCAAACUGUGGAGAUCCCACGCGUGUCUGAGUCGGUGCACGUUCCAACACCUGCUGCACCUCGGUUUUUUCUGGACAUCUGCAGUGGGUAUGCUUCCCCCUUGAGCCAGGCAUUGCAAGAGCAUGGGGCGCCUGUUCUAUCAAUCGAUGUGCUGCUGGAUGCGUCGCACGACCUUUUACAAGAGAAGGUUCUGACGAGUUUUACUUUACUGUCGCGUACGGUCCAAUUGCUCAUGGCUGUUUACCAGUCCGGGGGGCAUACAUCACUUGAGCAACCACGGAAUGCCAUGAGUUGGUUGGAGCCCGUGGUUCGUCGUUACUUGCAGGAGGUUUCUGCGGAUGUGAAUGUUGUGGCUGCCUGUAUGUUUGGCAUGCCAUAUCUGAAGCACUGGAUCUUUGCUUCGUCAUGGCGGCCCCUUCAAGCCCUGGCAUGUGCAUGCCCCCAUGGGCGAGACGCUCAUCACAAGGUUUUAGGCCAACGCGAUGCGGAUGGCACAUAUGUUUCGCGGCAGACUGCUUUAUAUCCGGCCCGUCUGGCUGAAGUCUAUGCGGAGAAGGUCUUGCCUUUGUUUCCGGCACCAGCUGAGGGUGUGCAGUUAUCCAUUCCGGAUGCCGUUGCUUGCAUACCAACACGCCGUCUGGGGUCUUUCCCUAGAGCCUCGCAAGAUGGGGGCGGGAUUUACUCUGUUCCAGAUUGGGCCGAGCCACAACCAGGCGUGGAGGUCAUGCACGACCCGGACGAGGCCUUGUGGCCGCCUUGCUUGCAGGGGUGCCUACCGGUGUUCGGCACGAUAUACCAGCGAGCUAACAUUGUGCAUGCGUUGGGACGCGACCCACGGCUCAUCAUUGAUCCCACGGUAUCUGUCCUGAGAAGUUUUGCUUGCCCGGACUUCAUGAUGUGCAAUGUGGUGCAGAAACUGCUGGAGGCGGUGAAUUUCGUCCUGAAGGCAACGAAGUUGUGUCGCAAGGAUUUGGGGCGUAUCAUUGGGCUCUUGCAUUGGGUUGUGCAAAUUUCGCCUACUUUGCGGCCGUGGUUGUGUAGUCUGUACCACGAUAUGGAACGCCCUUUAGCGACAAAUUUUUCCUUCAGCGCAUUUGCAUGGCAGCAGCUGCCAACCUGUCUGGAUUCAGACAUGAUUUUUUCGCGUACACCACCUGGCACGAGUAUUCGUGUAGGGUCACGCUUACUUAGUGUUCGUCACGUGGAUGUGAAGUGCAAGGCCGAUCUUACACAGGUUCAAUUCACUGGCAAGCGGUUGUGGGCGCGUGUUGCUGACCCAACGACUGACCGUCGCAAGCUCUCUUCGUUGAGUAUCUCUUUUUUGAGUUUCUGGCGUGAUUGGUGUGAGCAGCCGCAAAUUUUGCGCCCGUUGAACGCGACACCGUUUGAGCCCUCGGUGAAGCUGGCCGCAGAUGCUUGCGCUAGCGGUCAGAACGUUGGCAUUGGUGGCUGGGUUGAGUUUCCCGGUCAACCACGCUUAUGGUUCGCUGAGCGUUUUGAAGUGUCCGAUUUUUCGCAGCGGGGUAUUUCCAUGCAGUCCCCUGCAAAUCUGGAUAUUGUUUGCUAUGAAACUUUGGCCCAGAUAGCUCUUGUCCAUGUAUUUGCCACAUCCUGCGUCGGUGGCAGAUGUCGGGUUCGCAUACCCAGCUGGUCUGAUAACACAGGCACUGAGGCUGUUUGCACAAAGCUCUUCACAACCGUUCAGCCGUUGGCUGCUUUUGUGCAGCAAUUGGCUAUUCAUGCGUGGCGUUCGCAUGUGGAGCUUGAUACAUCCCACAUCUCUGGCUGUCAUAAUGACAAGGCUGACUUCCUCAGCCGAUGGGAUGGCGUGUCUGCAUUACCUGAGGAAUGGCUUCCAGCUUACAGAGUGUCCUGUGCUUUGCCUGUUUUGUGGGCGUAUAACCAUGACAUCCGCCUUUUCCCACCUGAGGCCCGUUUGCUUUGGGAGCUGCCCCUUAAUAAGUGGCGCGAAUUGUCGCAAUGA